GCGGCCGCUCCAGCAGGCUCAGCGGCGGCGGCCGGUUGGCGGCGGGGCAGGAGCGCGAGGUACGGGCGCUGGGGGUCGUUUUCGUGUGCGACCGCAGCCCACGUCGCUAUGAAGCCGCUGUGGGGACUCGUUCUGGCGUGUACGCUGCUCCUGGCCGUAUCGGUUAGAGCUGAAGAAGUGGAUGUAGAGGGGACCGUGGAAGAUGACUUGGGUAAAAGCAGAGAAGGGUCCCGAACAGAUGAUGAAGUUGUGCAGAGAGAGGAAGAAGCUAUCCAACUAGAUGGCCUAAAUGCAUCCCAGAUCAAAGAAAUCCGAGAAAAAUCUGAGAAGUUUGCAUUUCAAGCAGAAGUCAACAGAAUGAUGAAACUUAUUAUCAAUUCUUUGUAUAAAAAUAAAGAGAUUUUCCUCAGGGAACUUAUUUCAAAUGCUUCGGAUGCUUUAGAUAAGAUACGGUUAAUAUCCUUAACUGAUGAAAAUGCUCUGGCUGGUAAUGAGGAACUUACUGUCAAAAUCAAGUGUGACAAAGAGAAGAACAUGCUUCAUGUUACAGAUACGGGUAUUGGCAUGACAAAAGAGGAGUUGGUUAAAAACCUGGGUACCAUUGCAAAGUCUGGUACAAGUGAAUUCUUAAACAAGAUGAAUGAAAUGCAGGAUGAUAGCCAGUCAACAUCUGAGUUAAUUGGCCAGUUUGGUGUUGGCUUUUACUCUGCUUUCUUAGUAGCAGACAGAGUUAUUGUCACAUCAAAACACAACAAUGAUACUCAACAUAUUUGGGAAUCUGAUUCAAAUGAAUUCUCUGUGAUUGAUGACCCAAGAGGAAACACUUUAGGACGUGGCACAACCAUAACCCUUGUUUUGAAGGAGGAAGCAUCUGAUUAUCUUGAGCUGGAUACUGUUAAGAAUCUAGUAAAGAAAUACUCACAGUUCAUAAACUUCCCCAUAUAUGUGUGGAGCAGCAAGACAGAGACUGUUGAAGAACCCAUUGAAGAGGAGGAAGCAAAGGAGAAAGAAGAAACAGAUGAUGAUGAAGCUGCAGUUGAAGAAGAGGAAGAAGAAAAGAAACCAAAGACUAAGAAGGUUGAAAAGACUGUCUGGGACUGGGAGCUCAUGAAUGACAUAAAACCAAUCUGGCAGAGACCGUCUAAAGAAGUUGAAGAAGAUGAAUACAAAGCUUUUUACAAAACCUUUUCCAAGGAACACGAUGACCCAAUGGCUUACAUCCACUUCACUGCUGAAGGGGAAGUAACUUUCAAAUCUAUCUUGUUUGUUCCUAAUUCUGCUCCACGUGGCCUGUUUGAUGAAUAUGGAUCCAAAAAAAGUGAUUUCAUUAAGCUGUAUGUUCGAAGAGUGUUCAUCACUGAUGACUUCCAUGACAUGAUGCCCAAGUAUCUUAACUUCGUUAAGGGUGUUGUGGAUUCUGAUGAUCUUCCUUUGAAUGUAUCUCGUGAAACACUUCAGCAGCAUAAAUUGUUAAAGGUGAUCAGAAAAAAACUUGUUCGCAAAACUCUUGACAUGAUAAAGAAAAUUGCUGAAGAAAAAUACAAUGACACAUUCUGGAAAGAGUUUGGUACUAAUGUAAAGCUUGGAGUUAUUGAGGAUCACUCCAAUCGUACACGACUGGCUAAACUUCUUCGCUUCCAGUCUUCUCAUCAUGAAAGCAACCUCACAAGCCUUGACCAGUAUGUGGAAAGAAUGAAAGAGAAGCAAGAUAAAAUUUACUUCAUGGCAGGUGCCAGCAGGAAGGAGGCUGAGUCUUCACCAUUUGUUGAACGCCUUCUGAAAAAGGGUUAUGAAGUGAUUUAUCUUACUGAACCAGUAGAUGAAUACUGUAUUCAGGCUCUGCCAGAAUUUGAUGGCAAGAGGUUUCAGAAUGUAGCUAAAGAAGGAGUUAAGUUUGAAGAAAGUGAGAAGUCUAAGGAGAGUCGGGAAGCCUUGGAAAAGGAAUUUGAACCGCUCUUAAACUGGAUGAAGGACAAAGCUCUAAAAGACAAGAUCGAAAAAGCUGUGCUAUCUCAACGUUUAACCCAGUCUCCCUGUGCUCUUGUGGCUAGUCAGUAUGGAUGGUCUGGUAACAUGGAAAGAAUCAUGAAGGCUCAGGCUUACCAAACUGGGAAAGAUAUAUCUACAAAUUACUAUGCUAGCCAAAAGAAGACAUUUGAAAUUAAUCCCAGGCAUCCACUGAUCAAGGACAUGCUGAGGCGAGUCAAGGAAAAUGAAGACGACAAAACAGUUUCAGAUCUUGCAGUGGUAUUGUUUGAAACUGCAACUUUGAGAUCAGGAUAUAUGUUACCAGACACCAAAGAAUAUGGAGACAGAAUAGAAAGGAUGCUUCGUUUAAGUUUAAACAUUGACCUGGAUGCAAAGGUGGAGGAGGAACCUGAGGAGCCUGAAGAUGCAGCUGAGGAGACAGAGCAAGAUGAAGAGGAGGUUGAUGCUGAUGCUGAAGACAGUGAAACACAGAAGGAAUCCACAGAUGUGAAAGAUGAACUGUAAGCUCCACUCAACUACUGUCCUGCAUUGGGGGGUUAAGAGGGAAAGAGGGAAUGUGAAUUAGAUUGUUGUGGUUUUUUCCACUGCAAGAUGUUGAGGGAUGGUAAUGGGGUUUAAGGGUGAAGGAGGAUUUUUUUUUUUAAGUUCACUUUUCUAAAAACAUUCCUCAUGAAUGUAAAUUUGUAUUAUUUAACUGACUUGGUGUAAAAUCUUGUCAUGUACAAAAUAAAAUGAUCCCAAACACCA